UUUGUCCCCAAACUGCACCGCAUACAGGAUCUUACGCCAGAGGAAAAAAAAUUGAAAGAGUGAUUUAUUGUUUUUUGUGUGUGUCUUAUCCUGUCAUUUUGUUUAAUUGUGAUCUUUCAUUGCUGAUCUGCAGGAUUUUGAGGACGCAUUAAUUCAAAUAAUACCAUGAUGAGAAUUGGUGCAAAGCAGAAUUUCAUAAGCUCUUCGAUCUCCGGAUCAAGAUACUAGAAUAUUAUUAUUAUACGUAAUACGUCUUUAAUAUCUAUAAGCGACGUUAUCUUAAUUUGGAAUAAUUAAGAAUACCUAAUUUGAACAAAAGUGGGUGUUCUGUUCUAGUUACAGUUUCUUAUACAACUUUUUGUUGUUGUUGAAUACUAAAGAAAUGACUGCACAAUUUUCACCUUGGAUUUACAUUUUGAGUGUAUUUGUUAUUGAAACAGUCUCAAGCAGUGAAACUGGAAAACAACAAAGUUCAGCAGGUCUCCAAGUGCGUCUUGUUGGAGGAGAUGGUACAUCAACAGGAAGAGUAGAAAUAGCACAGAAUGGUACAGAAGAAUGGGGGACCAUUUGUGAUGAUUUGUGGUCGGAAGCUGAGGCCCAAGUGGUCUGCCGAAUGCUUCAUUACCAAUGGGGGAUUGCACAUACCAAUUCCCCUUUUGGAGAAGGCUUAGGAGCUAUACAUCUAGACAAUGUUCAAUGUACAGGAUCUGAAAGAACUUUACUUGAGUGUCAGAGUAAUGGAUGGGGUGUACAUAAUUGUCGUCAUUACGAGGAUGCUGGAGUCUCCUGUUAUAACAACUCAGUUCGCUUAAAUUCACGAGGACGAACAGAUGUUGGUACCGUUGAAAUCCAUACGAACGGAGCAUGGGUACAGGUGUGUGAUGCAGGCUGGGACGAUAUUGAUGCCACCGUUCUAUGUAAAGAAAUGGGCUUUUCCUGGGGAAAGGCCUUGCUACGAUCACAACUUGGAAAAGUAUCUUCUUCGUCAAUUUCCACCAAAGCGUUCACGCAUUUUGCUUGCGUAGGCUCAGAAGAUCGGUUGAUCUCUUGUAACCACACAUCUCUAAGAUCAAAAUGUGAAACAAAACACAGAGCCUCAGCUAUAUGUUAUGAAUCAAGACCAACUCCUCAACAGUUAAAUGCUUUUAGUGUUCGAUUGGAAAAAGGCACAUCUGUAUGGGGUGAGGUUAGUGUUAAAAAGUUAGGAAUUUGGGGUCAGGUGUGUGCCUCUGGCACUGAAUGGAAUGACAAAGCCGCCACAGUUUUAUGUAAGGAGCUAAACCAAGGGUUUAUCGGAGGAAAAGCGUAUGGCACAGUAAACGAAACCUUACGACCUAUCUGGAUUACAAAGUUAAAUUGUAGCGGUACCGAGAGAAGUCUGAAAGAUUGUGUGUAUGAUGAGAACAGCUGGGGAGAUGCAGUUUACUCAUGCAGACCAGCAUAUGCUCUGUGCUUUCGUCGAAGUGUAACAGUACAGUUGGUUGGUGGAGGGGAAUAUUAUGGACGUGUACAGAUCAAUUAUGACAACCAAAUUGGUACUGUUUGUGAUAACUCAUGGUCGUCCAGUGAUGCUCGAGUAGUUUGUAAACAAUUAGGAUUUGCUGACGGGGACCCCAUAUCUAAGUCAUAUUAUGGUGGUGGCACAGGCCCAGUGAUGAUGGAUGGCCUGGGUUGUUAUGGUUACGAGGAUUCACUCCUUGAAUGUCGAAAUAAGGGAUGGUUGACAACACCUAUGCAGGAAUGUUUAAAUCACACAAAAGAUGCUGCAGUCAUCUGUCAUAAAGAUGUGAGAUUAUCCAGGGGAGAUCACUCUCAUGGGGUUGUUCAAAUUAUGGAUCAGUAUUGGUCCGUCUUGUGUGGAGAAGGUUUUAAUAACACAGAGGCCAGGGUCGUUUGUCGACAACUUGGAUUUGAGAAUGGACGUGUGUUACCAAUGGGAUCUUUCGGUACAUUUUAUGGUCGAUAUGCUAGACCGAACAUCAACUGUACAGGAAGUGAAAACAGUAUAUUGAAUUGUAAUUACGACAGGUUCCGUGGAUGUCAGAGAGAUAAUUAUCUGGCCUAUGCUUCUGUGUCUUGUUACAAUGGAACAAUGACUAGAGGUACACAUUUGAAAUUGGAAGAUGGAUCAGACGGAUAUAUAAACCAAACAGGAAGGGUAUCUGUAAACCAGUAUGGUAUCUGGGGAAGAAUUUGUCCAAGUGCCUGGGAUGAUGUUGAUGCUGAUAUUGUGUGUAAACAGUUGAGACAUAGGGGUGGUGUUGCAUUCCAGCAGACGGCAUCAGGCAGUGGGCCGUACUUCCUGGGUGAGGUAAAUUGCCGUGGUAACGAGACCUCCUUGUUCCAAUGUCCUAUUGGUGGUGAUGAAUGUGACUCACAGUUUACCUCUGGGAAUGCUGGUGUUUUGUGUUACAAUCAAAGAAAGCCAACCCUGCAGCUGGUUGGUGGGACCCAUAACUCUGGCCGACUAGAAGUAACAAUGGACAAUGAAGUUGGAUCUAUAUGUGACGAGGGAUGGUCAAGGUAUGAUGCCACCGUGGCCUGUAAACAGCUUGGCUUUACUGAUGGUGAAUACAGGAGGGGUUUGGAAGGUCCAAAUCGUCCAAAGGUAUUGUCGAGAAUGGGUUGUUUUGGUGGAGAAUCUAGUAUAUUUAUGUGUAGAAAUCCUGGAUGGAAGAAAGAUAUUCCUUCAUCAUGCUCAAAUCCUAAACGAGAUGCUGGUGUAUUCUGUUACAAUAAUGUAAGAGUGAGUGGAGGAGAUAAUGGACACAAUACCACAUUAGGAAUGGCUGAGAUGUAUCUUCGUUCUACUUGGAUUACCGUCUGUGGCGACACGUUUGAUAACAAUGCAGCUCGAGUUGUGUGCCGAGAACUUGGUUUUCCUAACAGCAAACGUCUGGUUAAUGGAGCCUUUGGUUCAAAGUAUUACACAGACUCUGUGAUCAAAUUGAAUUGUACUGGCACUGAAGUGACUAUCAAAGAUUGUCAUUAUGAAGAAGGAGAAUGUCCAAACCGGGCCUAUAACUAUGCUAGUGUACUCUGCACCAAAGAAAGGAUAGACGAACAAGAUAUAAGAGUGUGGGGAUUGGUGGAAAAUAGUUUUCCUGCUCCAGUCCUGAUCCAGAAAUAUGGUAUAAAUGGUACAAUUUGUGCUGAGGGGUGGGGCAGUAAUGAUGCAUCAGUGGUGUGUAAACAGAUGGGCUAUGCUGGUGGGGUACCAUUUGGUCCUCGCUACUAUAGUUCCCGGACCCCAAUAUGGAUGUCAAAUGUCUCAUGUACUGGUACGGAGAGGGAUAUCAAAUUCUGUAAUCCUCAGGGAGAACUUGACAUCAGUAGAAGUUGUAGAUCAAGUAGGCAUGCUGCUAGAGUAUUUUGUUAUAGAGGAGAUGGAUUUCAGAUCAGACUGGCUGGAUCUAACACACCAAACAGUGGAAGAGUAGAAAUAGCCUUUAAUGGAGAAUGGGGGACCAUAUGUGACUCCUACUGGUCUGACUCUGAUGCCAGGGUUGUAUGUCGUCAGCUCGGCUAUGUUGAUGGUGUUGCUCAACCCAAGGGAAAACAUGGACCAGGCACUGGCCGAUCGUGGUUAUACUAUGUUAGAUGUGACGGAGACGAGAAGAAUAUUUGGGAAUGUACCAAUAGUGGUUGGAAUGUGACACAUUCAUCCUGUAGAUCCCACGAGAAUGAUGCUGUAGUCUAUUGUACAGGAAAAGUACGAUUAGAACCCAACAUAACCUAUGGUGCUGUACAGGUAUGGCAGGAUGAUGGCUACAAGCUGGUCUGUGCUGAUCAGUUUGAUGAUGUGGAUGCUCAAGUCGUCUGCCGAGGGCUUGGAAAACAAAAUGGCAUCAGUAUUUGUUGUUCUGUUUUUGGAGACAUGAAACAUCCCAUUACCAUCAACAACGUUGCAUGUACAGGGCACGAGGAUUCUAUUCUGCAGUGUCAGCAUAAUACAUUGAGAGAGGCGUGUCCAAGUAAAAAAUAUGCUGCUGUAGCUUGCUCAGAUUCUGCAUCUAGUGGAGCAUAUGAGUUGCGGUUAUCCUCUGAAAAUCAAGGUGUUGUAUCAGUCCGCCAUCUUGAUGUGUGGGGAUCAAUCUGCACAAACGGCUUUGAUGAUAAUGAUGCUAAGGUGAUAUGUCGUGAGAAAGGUUUUCAAGGAGGAUUUGCCUACUAUCAACAUGAGUUUGUAUCUGGAAAUCGUCAAAACCUACCAUGGCUGUCGUACCUGAAUUGUACCGGAUCAGAAGGAUAUCUAGCUCGCUGUGGUAAUAUUCGUUGGGGUGAUGUACGAGAUUGUUCUACUGAUACUAUGGCUGCUGUUUAUUGUCAUGAUAAUCCAGAUGUCCAGGUCAGGUUUGUAAAUGGAACUAGUCCACUGCAUGGCCGUGUAGAGAUAAAUAUUGGUGGACAAUGGGGGAGUGUAUGUGGGACAUCAUCCUGGAAUGAUGAAGAUGCUACAGUAGUAUGUCGCAUGAAUGGCCAUUCAUGGGGACGGGCAUUACGUUACGGCAAGUUUGGGGCUGGACAAGGACCAAUAUGGGUGGAAUACGCUCGGUGCAAAGGUGAUGAGACAAACAUUUUCCAGUGUCCAAUUGUUUUCAACGCACAGCCAAAUCAACGUUCCGGUAGGAGACUUCGUAGAUUCCGACCAAUCCGGGGCGUAUGUUAUUCACAUAGUACAGAUGCUGCUGUUCAGUGUUAUGAUUCUGUUCGACUAGUAGAUUCAAAAGAUGUCUCCUAUGGAAGAGUAGAAAUGUUUGUGAAAGCAGAUAAAAAAUUCUACAGUGUCUGUGACACAGGAUUCACAAACUUGGCAGCCAAGGUCGUAUGUCGUCGUCUUGGUUACAGAGAUGGUCUGUACCAGUGUUGCUCUGCUUUAGGACAUGUACCAAAUGCCAACAUAAGUAUUAUAAACAUCAGGUGUAAUGGAGGUGAGGAGAGUUUGGAUGUUUGUCCACAUGAGUUUGGAUCAUGUCAGUCUGGCAAUUAUGUAUCUGUUUACUGUUCUUAUGACGUCUUGGCUCCAAAAUCAGAUUUACAAAUAAGAAUCCAUGAAAUGAAAUACUAUGGAUCUUUAGAAGUUGAUGUGUAUGGUUUCUGGAGCCCAGUUUGUGAUGUAGAUUGGGACGACCAUGAUGCUAAUGCAACCUGUCAUCAGCUUAAUUAUGUAGGGGGCGUGGCCUUUAAUGGUAUAACACACCUUUCUAACCCUGUGUCAGUUGGUAGGUUUAACUGCACAGGAGUGGAAAACCGACUUGGAGAAUGUCAAUACAAGAAGAUGAAUACAGAUUUAGGAUGUGCUGAGAAGAUUGCUGAUAAAUAUUCAUGGCCUACAGCUGGAGUGUUGUGUUUUGAUCAUAUGGAUGGUAUCAAAAUUGGUAUAAACGGUACCAGAACUACAGGGAAAGUCAUGGUCAAAUUUAACGGUGAAUGGGGUCGUAUUUGUAACAGACGAUGGGACGACAAAGACGCCAAAGUUUUCUGUAAACAAAUGGGAUUUAUAGAUGGAAGGUCUGGUCAAAGAGCUGUGUCUCGUAGCUCAGGAUAUGUGUGGAUAGAUAAUGUAGACUGUGAUGGAUCAGAGGAUUCGUUACUCAAGUGUCGUCUGACCUGGGAUGCAGAUUAUUCGUCAUGUGAUGAUGCUACAGUUGUUUGUAUGGAAGCUGUGCGAUUGAACAAGGGAGAUGAUAAGACACAUGGAGUUGUACAAGUACAUAUCAAUGAUAACUGGGGAACAGUAUGUAACCAUAAAUGGGGACAGGAAGAAAUAGACGUAACAUGUAGACAAUUAGGAUUGCAGCGUGGUGUUUCAGUAUGCUGUGGAGCAUAUGGGUACAUGUACACCAAAGGUGUACUUGAUAAUGUCACCUGUGCAGGCACAGAAGACAGUUUGUUAAAAUGUUCCACUUCUGCUCCAUACAGUUCCUGUUCCAGAGACUACGCAGCUGUAGCUUGUUAUAAUGGAACUUUGCCACCUAAAACAAAUUACACCUUAGACAUUGAAGGUAGAAGCAAUAUAUCUGGUUCCUUAAACAUGAAUUUUCUGAAUAUAACUGGUAGGAUUUGUGCUGAUGACUGGGACGACAAAGAUGCCACAGUGGCAUGUAAGCAGCUAGGCUACAGCAAAGGAUCAGCAUACCAACACAAAGUAUUGUUUGGUGAAGGCAAACCAAUUUGGGCAAGCAAUAUCAAUUGUACUGGGACUGAGUACAAACUGGCAGAUUGUCCUGGAUUCAAUCCAGGAACUGUCAAAAUGUGUACCUCCAGGAGAGAUGCUGGUGUCGUCUGCUAUUCUAACAUGGGUGUAUAUUUCCGAUUAGCUGGAGGACAUUCUAAGUAUGGUCGUGUUGAGAUGUCUGUGGAUGGUGUAUGGGGCACAAUUUGUAAUCGAUACUGGGACAAGAUGGAUGCUUCAGUCUUUUGUAAAUCUAUUGGCUUUGCUACUGGUUUCCCAUAUUAUAAAGAUAGCAUCAAGGUUCAGACAGGAAGAAUAUACGAACCCAAUCUUCAUUGUAAUGGAGAUGAAUCAACAUUGAAUGAAUGUGCUCACGAAGGAUGGAAAGUGGCGUCAUCCGUUGGACCGUGUAGUUCACAUGAAAAAGAUGCAACUGUUCAUUGUUAUAACUCAGUUAAACUAGACACAGGAGUUGGUACUGAGGUUAAACAUGGUCCAGUGAUGAUUUAUUACAAUGAAUCCUGGAGUGUUGUUUGUGAUAAAGGCUUUACAGACAAGUCCGCCAAAAUUGUAUGUAAAGAACUCGGUUUUGACGAUGGCAAGGCUGUGGCAGGUUCUGCAUACGGGAAAACAUUUGACCUAGUUUUGAAGAAUAAAUCACUGAUCUGUCAAGGAAAUGAGAAAGAUGCCUUAAAAUGUCUGACAAGUUCUGACUGUGGACGAUAUGAUAAUUAUGCCUCAGUGAUGUGUUUUAUGAUGUCUGAUAGUAUAAAGAGUCCAGGUUAUAAAGUUGACUUUGAGGAGGCAACUGGUGUCAACAUAUCAGCUGGUACACUGUCUGUUGAACAGUAUGGAGUAAAGGGACACAUCUCUAGUAGAUUCUGGGAUGAUACAGAUGCUAUGGUUUUCUGUAAAUCUAAGGGUUUCAAGUCAGGAUUUAUGUACCAAAAGUCUCCAGACCCAUUCCACAAAGAUCCACCAAUUACAGUUGGAGAUUUUAAUUGUACAGGGAAUGAGGCUUCGUUACUGAACUGUUCCUUUAAUUCUAGAUUUAACCUUGGUAAUAACACAAUGAGUAAUAGAGCUGGAGCUGUCUGUUACAACCAUUCAGGUGUAAACUACAGAAUAGUAGGAGGAGAAAAGGACAGUUUUGGUCGUAACAAAACAGGAAGAGUAGAGUUGCAGUUAAAUGGACAGUGGGGCACGGUAUGUGAUACAAACUGGGAUGACCGUGAAGCCAGUGUUCUUUGUCGAUCCCUAAACUUUAGUGAUGGCUAUGCUAUCAAGGAUGCUCAUUAUGGACAGGGAACAGGACCAGUUUGGAUAGGGUAUCUGAAUUGUAAUGGUACUGAGAAGUACAUACACUCCUGCUCACAUAGAGGAUUCAAUGAUGCAAUUACUAAAAAUAGCUGGAAGAAAUGUACAAACCAUAGAAAUGAUGCAUCAGUGGCAUGUGUUGAUAAAGUGAGACUAAGCCUUGGUUUGAAUGCUACCAUGGGUGCAGUAGAAGUUUAUCAUAACAAGCAAUGGAUGACAGUUUGUGAUGUGGGCUUUAACAAGCUUGCCGCUGAGGUUAUCUGUAGGUCAAUGGGAUUUUCUCAUGGAACAGAAAUGGAAGGAUCUGUCUUUGGAAACAAGACAGGACCAAUAGGACUGAUUGACGUCUUUUGUGGUGGUGAUGAAAGUGAUCUAUUUAAAUGUCGUUAUGAAUGGAACUCAGUAGCUUGUCGUAGUAAGAAGUAUGCCUCUGUUUAUUGCAGUAAUGAGGAUAUAGUAGCUACUGCAUUUGACAGUAGGAUAGUUCCUGAUGAUAAGUCUGACACUCACGGAACGGUACAGGUGAAGAUAAGUGGAGUCUGGGGAUCGGUCUGUAGUAAAGGAUGGAGUAAUGCAGAAGCUAAUCUUGUCUGCAGGAAAAAUGGCUUUGCUGGUGGGGUACCAUAUAGGGUACCAGAAACUAGCCAGGUCAAACCACCAAUACUUAUGAGCAAUGUCAGAUGCCAGGGGUCAGAGGCUGACCUAGAUAAAUGUUCUUUUACAAGGUCAGGACAGCAAGAGAGUUGUGAGUACACUGAAACCAGGGCAGGUGUACUCUGUUACAAAACAUCAGGUAUCCAUUAUUCACUGGUAGGUGGACCAAAUAAUGCAACAGGGAGAGUGAAGAUUAUGUAUGAUGGCCAGGCAGGUGGUGUUUGUAAUUUCCUGUGGGAUUCUCGUGAUGCUCAAGUGUUCUGUAAAAGUCUUGGGUACAAGGGUGGCAUAGAGAUUGCUGGAGCUCAAUUUGGGCAGAAUCCUGGCGUGUUCUGGUUCUCUAGAAUGUCAUGUGAUGGGUCUGAGGACAAUGUACUCAAGUGUAGUCAUUCUGGCUUUAAUAGAUCACAGGGAUUUGAGACAACAUAUGAGAAAUUGUGUAAGAAAAGACCAAAUGAUGCUGCUGCUAGAUGUUUUAAUAAUGAAAUCGCUAUUAAAGGUGUCAGAUUAUCCACUGGUUCAUACUAUGGUCGAGUUGAAAUAUUAUUAAGUGGACCCAAUGAAUGGGGCACUGUAUGUGAUGACUACUGGGACGAUCGUGAUGCCACUGUUGUGUGCCGCCAAUUAGGAUUUAAAAGUGGCAUUGCAAAGAAAUCUGGACAGUUUGGUUUAGGAUCAGGGCCAAUCUGGUUAGACAAUGUUAACUGUCAGGGAACAGAAUCAGGAAUAAAGGAGUGUACACAUAAUGGAUUUAAUAUACAAAACUGUAACCAUAUGGAAGAUGCAGGAGUAAUUUGUCGUGGUAACAAGACAAAAAGUGAAUCCUUAAUAUCUGAAUUAACUGGUGGACAAGGUGUAGUGUUAGCAGCAACAAUACCCAUAAUUCUCAUAUUAAUGGCAUUAAUUGUCGGUGUUGGUUUAUACUUUUGGCGGCAGAGGACUGCAUCCCCAGACAAAAAAGUCUUGGUUGAAAAUGAUAUGAACGACCCAAAUCCAACAGCAUCAGCUCAUACGGAGGGUGGAGUUGGGGUGACACUGACAAAAUUACGAGCUCAUUUCUCUAAAGCAAGAACAUCACUACAAAAUGGUAGCAAAGACACGAAAUCUCCUACAAUGUCAUUGGGUAAUCCAAAUUACGAUCAAAUGACUGACUCGAAAUCGGAAUCGGAUAUAUAAUUUGUGAUGGCAAAGCUGUGAUUUGUAAUUUUGUACAGAACAUGAUUUUAUAUCUUCUUAUCAGACUUAUUUUUAUAAUGUAUUGAUUGAUUUAACAUUGUAUUGACAAUUGUGGUUAAAGUUAUCCUUUGAUUAAUUCAAAUCAGCUUACUAUUUUCCUACAGUUAAACUUGUCUGAAGUUCCUUGAAAUACUGUGGAUUCGUUUAUUUUUGUUGGUACCAAUUUCAUGGAUGAAGGAAAUAUCACAUGUAAAUGAAUAUUUAAUUUUGCAGUUUUGCUGAAGUCUUUAUACAAGCCUAAAGAAAAAUCAUCAUUUGUUGAACAAUUAAUUUUGUGGAUCACCUUUACCCACAAACAUUGGUAUCCAACAAAUAAUAAUGAAUCCACAGUAGAAGGUAUUUCUGUUGUAAAACUCUGACCUUGAUAGGGGCUUUUCCAGAAAUAAAUACCUGGGUUGGACUACCACUUUUAACUUAGUUGGGAGUUUAUCACCAGUUUCACAGGAUUUAUGAAUAACUGGAACCAUAAAAACAAUCUGUUUCCAGAAUAAGAAUGGAUUUCCAACCUUCUAGGUGAUUUUUUCUAAAAUUGCCAGAAUCAAAUGAUAAUUUUAAUCAAUUGUGUGGUAAUGAUUAGAAAGAGUGUUGUUGUUUUAUGUAAUUGUGUUAUUGUAGAAACAAAGUCAUUUAUAAUAGUGCUUACAAGUUCAUACUCAUACCUGCCAACAUUCUCAAAAGACAGGCCAACAUCUCUCAUGCACGAAACUUAUCAUUUCAGAAAGUUGGCAGGUCGGUAUAUUUAAUGUAUGAACAUUAUCAAAAAGAAUAAUGCAAUGUUUAGAGCUAUUUUCUUAAGGCUUGGUUGGCUUGCUUGCUUUGUUUGUAUAAAUAUUUGCUAAAGCAUCCAAAGGCAUAAUACAAGCUUAAGCCUUACCUAUCUAUUGAUCUAUCUUAAUUACAAUGAUUAAGCAAACAGUUAUGCUAACAAGGCAAGCACACCAAUCAAACUUUUAACCUGCAUUUAUUUGGAAAAUAGCUCUAAUCUAAUUUACAAAUUCUAUAAUGGAUAUCAGUAAGAUAGAUAGGAAAUUGUGUACAUUUUUUGGCUUGGAAUUCACCAAUAACGCAACAUUUUUGUAUCAUAUCAUUUUUUAACAUACACGGAUCAUCAAAUAUUGUUUUAUAAACUAGGUAGUUGAAAUAACCAAUUUCUGUUAAAAAAGAUUUUUAUUUUUUUUAUUGUUCCUAUUUAGGUUAAGAAUGUCUUCAAAGUUUGUGUAGAGGCCCCUUUGUCUAUGUGACAUUUAUCUUUUUAUCUUUUAACUGGAUGUUUGAAAGCAAGAAUUUGCACAGAAUAUUAUUAACACUUUUCUCUUCUUUUUCCAUGGGUUUAUUUUUUAAGCUCCUACAUGUUUUCCAUUUAAAUAUUUUGACUACCUAUGGAUAUGCAUAGAUAACAUUUCUCAUCAUUUAGUUUUUUUCUCGUAAUUUGGUUGAGAUAUUUUAUUUUUUCCACUUUUACCCAAUUAUCACAGGAAAUUUAAAAUAAUGCUGUUUGUUAUAUAUAUUUUGAUUUGAAAAUGCAUAAAAACUAAAGGGCAUCAAUUGCAGGAUAGAGGCUUUACAAUUUGUUCAAUAGCCUGUGUUUAAAUUCUGACAGUUAAAUUAUAAUUCUGAUAACAGUAUUAUUGUAUUUUAAGAUUUGCAGGCAUCAAUGUUUGAUUUGAUGGUCACAAAUAUCUCUUCAAUUGACCAAUAAUGACCUGUGACAGAUGACACAUAUCAAGCACUAUAUACUCUCUUAUGUUUAACAUUCUAAUUUAUGAAAAUUAUUAUUACAUAUAAAAAACAUUAUAAGCACUUUGUUUUGAAGAUAUGAUAGAAAAAGUUAAUAACAUUGCUCCUUUAAAAAAUGCUUUACAUGUGCUUUAUGCAUUCAGAAAUAAUAAUCUCUUGUGGAAAAGUUUUGAAUGAUACCUGUGCAUAACAGCUGCUUCCAAAACAACUGUCACAAGGUAUGGUCAUGUCUGAUAUCUAUAUUCACAUUCCAUAUUGUGAUAGAACCAUUCCAGCUUAAUCUUUUGUCUUUAUUCUAUUACAGGAGUCAUAUUGUAAUGUUUAAUUAUGCCCCCUUCUCUUUUACAUAUUUAUAUAAGUCCAUUACUUAAUUUCAUCAUAUUUAACCUAGCUGUGGUCUUGGUUAUAAAACUACCUGUACUCCGAGUAAAAAUGUGUGCUCAAAAACAGCAAAUCCAGGAUUAUGAUUGGUUGAUUUCUAAGUUUUUCUUGGUGUUUUUCUGUGCAAAACACUUCAUCCAGUUCUAUAUUUGAAGAAUUUUGUCUAUGUUAAAUAGUCAUCAGUUUGUAUUUGAAUAGAAGUAAAUGCUAUAACUGUGGAUUCAUUAUUUUUUGUUGGUGACAAAUUUGGUGGAUCAAAGAAAACUUGGAAGUUCAUGGAUAUUUGUUAUUGUUGUUUUGCUAAAGUCUACACAAAACAUGUAUCAUUUCAUAGAAUGUGAAUUUUAAAAGCUGUAUCGUGUUUCAAAUGUAGACUUAUAAUUUAAAUAAUCAUAUAUAGGAAAACUAUUACAGUUUAUUGAAACAUCAGGCAGGACUGUAAGCAUGCAACAAUCAAUCAAUCUAUAUAAAAAAAUCAUUUUCAGAGAUGUAUGGUUUUUAUUCCAUCAUGAAAUCCAUAAAAAAAGUGUGUUUAUAUAAGCUCUUAAAUACCUUGUAUCCCUGGCAUAGAUUUGAAAUGCAUGAUUUGUAAGCCAAAAAAGUAGUUUAAUAGCAGUAAAAACUAAAUACUGUGGAUUCAUUUAUUUUAGUGUGUAUCAAUUUUUGUGGAUUGAGGAAAACUUGCAGUUUUGUGGAUAUUUGAUUUCGCAGUUUUAUCUUUGGAUGCAAAACCUAUGGAAUUUUUUUUGAGGUUCAACUAUACCCAGGAAACCUACAAAAAUUGGUAUCCAACAAAUAAUAAUGAAUCCACAGUAUCUUUUAUUUCUGUCAUUUAUUUGUUAUCAUUCCAGUCUGUAAACUUUUUAUGAUGAAUGAAAGAUGAGUUUGUGAGAAAAAUCAUCCAUUAUGCUAUUAUUAUUAAUGUGGAAGCACAAAUAAAAUGUGAACAUAA